ACCUUGAUGUAUUACGCCUGAGUUGAACUAUCCCACCAGAUUGACAGAAGGGUGGCGGAAAUGCUGAGUUACAGUUCUGCCGGCGUUCACAUAUUUUGUCUCCGGGGAAUUGGGUAAGAGUAUUACGAGGUGGAAAUCGAACCCUAAAGUUGAAAUUUCUGUAGCCACAAGUGAAAUUAGUUGUUGAUAAAGCUCAAAUCAAUAUUAUGGAACACCAAUUUCCGAAUCCCAACAGGAUUUUUGUUUUCUGUUACAGCAGCAGUCUAAUUCAUACGUUAUCACCACUCACAAGCCUGAUAUGUUGUCAUGGAAAGGAACUGCAGAUGGCUAUCAAUUUCUCUUCAGAAACAUUUCUCCUAAUUCUGUCUGGUCGUAGAAAACAAUCUGGAAGAGUGCUGCACCAGAAAAGAUGCAAUGCCGACAUGUGCUGAUCUAAUGAUGAUAAGGUUCAUGCAAAAGAUACCUUAAGGCAGCGAAUCAGACAAACAGAACACUGUACCAACACCGACAACAUUGAUAUAUAAAGUUCGGAUUCCUUGAUGCUGUUCUUCAUUGUGUCUUCUGGCAUUGGAGAUAUUCUCUUUCUCUUUUAAGAUAUUUCCACUGUAAGUGAACGUAAGGGUCUCACAGUACAGCUUUCUGAAGGCUCAAGAUAUCUUGGCCAUUAUGUCGAUCGUGCGUAAUUUUUUUUCAAGCCCCACAAGUUUAUCAUCCGUCGUUCUGACUAUCCUAGCUCUUGUCGUCUACGCUAUAAGCCCCCCUGAUGACUCAUGGGUUGUUGUGGGCGUCAUUGCUGUACAUGUUGUCCCGGUGAUACUAGUCGUUAUGAUAUAUGAAAUUUGUUCUAUACGUCAAGCUAGAGACAGAGCAAGGAUUGCAUCCGUUAACCACUUGAUUGAUUGUGAUGAACUCCAUCACUAUGUGCCUCCAUUAGAAGCAUUUCCCACCAGAAGACGAUUGCAAGACCUGAGGCUCCAAAUUGCUCUUCUAAAUCGUGAAGUUGAUGAGUUUGAACACCAUACCUACGGAGAGUUGUCUUCUGCUAAUAUCUUCGGAAUUCCCUCCAUGAAUGACGAAGAGAUAAAUGCUUUACCUGUUCACAGUUGCAAAGACACUUGUCUAGAAAGUGAGGAUGCACCACCGAAACAGGCCUCAUCUUCUUCAACCUCAGCCUUAGCCUUAGACCAGGAAUCUAUGACAAUAGGUAUGCCAGACGACGAUGGUUCAUCUGAUGAAUUGAUAUGUAAUAUUUGUUUGGAGCCAGUUAUUGAGGGAGACCUUGUUUGUUGCUUUCCAUGUAUCCAUCAGUUUCACGCUGCAUGCCUUGAUAAAUGGCUCGUGUUGAGUUCUUCCUGUCCAGUCUGUAACUUAUGCUGAAGUCAGGAAGUAUGAAAUGGUGUGAGGAAUUACAAAGCUUAAAACUCUAUGUUUGAAGAAUAAAUGAAUUCUUAUAAGAAUUCUCUACUCUAGUUUGCAGACUUAUUGAAGCAGUAUGUAAAAUUAAUAGGCAGAAGCCUAUACUAUUUCCCUUUUGAAGUUGUGUGUAUUUGAAGUUUGGUUUGUU